AUGCCGUCCUUCACUGCCUCCGCUCUACAGUUCGACGAUGCCCAGCUCAAGCACAUCAACGACCGGCUGGCCAAGCUCGAGCCCCAGGAGAUCCUCAACUGGGCCACCAUCACAUUCUCGGACCUCUACCAGGAGACCGCAUUCGGCCCCUCAGGCAACGUCAUAACCGACAUGCUUGCAGCGCAAUCCCACUCCGUCCCGGUAAUCUUCGUCGACACCCUGCACCAUUUCGACGAGACUCUGGAGCUCUCGCAGCGCAGCCAGCAAAGGUACAGCUUCCCCCUGCACGUGUUCAAGCCCGAGGGAUGCCAGAGCCGCGAUGACUUUAUCGCCAAGCACGGCGACCGUCUGUGGGAGCGCGACGACGUCGUCUACGACUACUCCGUGAAGGUCGAGCCGGCCCGGCGCGCCUACGAGCAAUUGAACGCCAAGGCGGUUAUUUCGGGCCGUCGCCGCAGCCAGAAAGGCGACCGUGCCGCCCUGCAGAUUGUCGAGGUCGAGCAGGCCACCGGCCUGGUCAAGAUCAAUCCGCUGGCGAACUGGUCGUUCCAGCAGGUCUGGACUUAUCUGCGCGCAAACGAGGUCCCGUACAAUGCCCUGCUUGACCAGGGGUACAAGUCCGUCGGCGACUACCAUAGCACAAGGCCGGUCAAGGAGGGCGAGGACGAGCGCGCUGGCCGCUGGGCGGGCACCGAGAAGACCGAGUGCGGGCUGCACAAGGACUACUUUGCCAUGCGCUCUGCCUUUGUGGCCCGCAAGAAGAAGCAGCAGGCUGAGGCGGCUACUGCGGCGCAGACUGCUUUAGCAAUUCUGCAUACGAUCCUGUUCCACCGGUACUUUGGCAAUGUUAAGCCCAAGGAACAGCGCGCCCUCUCCUCCAUUACAUACGUAUCCGUCGACGACCCCGACGUAAGCGCUGCGGUCGACGAGAAGGUCGGUGAGCUAAUGCAAACAGUAUCGCCAACCGCAGACUCCAAAACCCAAAUCACGCUGUAUUUUACUGAGACAAAGUCAAAGCGCGCCUGGUUCUCAAAGUCCGAAGAGGAGAUUCGCUGGGAAGAGUGGGUGUUUGACAUUCGAGCGCACAUUAGCCGCACAGAAAGAGAAUUUAUCCAGAUGCAGGCGCGCGCCGAGGACCAAGUCAAGGACUCGCUGCUGUACGUGAUCACUCAGAUGGAUCAGCACAAGGACCACAUACCGCUGAUUGCCAGCACGCACGGCAACCCGUUCCCAUUCCACAUCAGCGUCGCGCCAUCUGCCGGCCUCUGGAGCUCCAUGAUCAAGCGCGCAAUCCGUCCUGCCUAG